AUGUCGAGCCAAAAAGUUCAGGCUUCCGUCCUCCACGGUGCUCGCGAUCUUCGUGUUGAGGAGCGCGAUCUCCCCAAUCCCGCCGCCGAUGAGGUCCAAAUUGCAGUUCAAGCUACCGGCCUUUGCGGCUCCGACCUGCACUACUUCAACCACUACCGCAAUGGCGACAUCAUUGUCCGGGAACCUCUCACCCUCGGCCACGAGUCGAGCGGCACCGUUGUCGCUAUUGGCAGCGCUGUGACAGAUCUUGCCCCGGGUGACCACGUUGCGCUCGAGGUCGGACUGCCCUGCGAAGCCUGCGAGUACUGCACCGCCGGUCGCUACAAUAUCUGCCGCGGCAUGAAGUUUCGCAGUUCGGCCAAGGCCUUUCCUCACGCCCAGGGCACCCUGCAGGAGCGUGUCAACCACCCCGCGCGCUGGUGUCACAAGCUGCCUGCCACGCUCUCGCUCGAUCUCGGCGCUGUGCUCGAGCCCCUCUCCGUCGCCAUGCACGCCCGCGACAGGGCCAAUCUGCCCGAGGGCGCGACCGUGCUUGUGCUUGGUGCCGGUGCAGUUGGUCUGCUGGCCGCGGCGGUCAGCAAGGCCGCCAACGCCAAGACGGUAAUCAUUGCGGAUAUUCAAAAGGACCGCAUCGACUUUGCCGUGGACAACGGCUUUGCGGAUGCGAGUGUCCUGGUACCUAUGGAGCGCCCGCAAACAAUUGAAGACAAGCUGGCAUAUGCUCAAAGGGUGGCCGACAUGGUAAAGAAUACAACCGUCCAGGGUGAAGCGGUGGGUGAAGUCUCGGCGGUCUAUGAAUGCACUGGCGUCGAGACGUGCGUCCAAGCAUCCAUUUAUGCCACAAAACCAGGUGGCAAGGUCAUGAUUAUCGGUAUGGGCACCCCGGUCCUCACCCUUCCCAUGUCUGCCGCCGCCCUCCGCGAAGUCGAUCUCCUUGGUGUCUUUCGCUACGCCAACACGUACGCGAAGGCCAUUGAGCUGGUCGCCAACCGCCCCGCCGCCAUGCCGGAUCUCUCGCCGCUGGUCACGCACCACUUCAAGGGUAUCGAAAACAUCCCCAAGGCGUUUGCUAUGGCGGGCCAGGUCAAGGACAGCGAGGGCAAGCUGGUGCUCAAGGUUGUGGUGGAUAUGGAGUAG